GUGUACAGUAAUGCUACCUUUGACGGCACUCCCGCUACUUCCGGACAGAGAAUAGAAGAAAUUAUUAGGAAAACCGAACAGUUGAAUCAAAACACAUUUGAUAUAUUUAUUUUUUUUUAAGAAAAUGAAUUUAGUUUUUAUGCAUUGGCGAGAAAAUACAUAUAAGUCAUAGAGGGAUCGUAUAUUUCAACGAAAACCAAUAAUUUUACAAGCAAGCAGCCUCUUGAAUCACCAUAUCUAAACAUCAGUGAACCUAUAUGAAAAGUCUUAGAGAGCUGAGUACAAACAAGAUUUCCACCUUCUUGAUCCCUCAAGUAACUGGAGGCUUUUCUUCUUGAAGAACGGUGAAGUAUUCACCGCCAUCUAUUAAGGACUUGUAUAAUAGCAUUCUGAAGGCAAACGGUAAGGAAAACCUGUGUUACAGCAUUGGGAAUAACGUGAAAACUGAAAAGCCCUGUUGUGCCUAUACACCUUAAGCUCCUUUAAUCAACUUCAAGAAUGAAAUUGAAAGAGAACAUCAAUCCUUUAUUAUUGCAAGUUUUACACUCACUAAUAUGGAUCUAUUCUAUGGUCACUUUUAUUCCCUGGUAUUUAGUAUCUGGAGUCAGUCAAACUCUCUCUAUAGCCAAACGGGUUAAAGCACGACCUGUAAAUUCAAAUCCUGGCUGUCCAUACCGUUCUGUAAACAGCAUGCAUUGCCUUGCCUCUGUUCUAUACCCUGGCUGUGACACAUUGGACAAAGUGUUUGAAUAUGCCAAGACCAAAUUUGGGAAAAAUGACUGCUUGGGAACUCGAGAGUUAAUAAGUGAAGAAGAUGAGCUACAACCAAAUGGGAAAGUCUUCAAAAAGGUUAUCCUUGGUCAGUAUAACUGGAUGUCUUAUGAGCAAGUUUAUGUUGCUGCUUCUCAGUUUGGUAGUGGCCUGGCAGCCCUUGGACAAAGAGAAAAGGCAAACAUUGCUAUCUUCUGUGAGACAAGAGCUGAAUGGAUCAUUGCAGCACAGGCCUGCUUUAUGUAUAACUUUUCUCUUGUCACAUUAUAUUCUACUCUGGGAGGACCAGCCAUAGCACAUGGCUUAAAUGAAACUGAGGUAACCCAUAUUAUAACCAGUAGAGACCUUCUUCAAAGCAGACUGAAAGCAAUCUUGCUUCAAGUUCCACGACUGCAGCAUAUCAUUAUUGUAGACGAAAAAACAAUGUCUUGGACAGAUUACCCAAAAGGCAUAAUGAUUCACAGCAUGACAUCAGUACAGAGGCUUGGAUCUAAAUCAGAAAACAUCUCGAAACCUAGAAUGCAACCAAUACCAUCUGACAUUGCUGUUAUUAUGUACACAAGUGGUUCUACUGGGAUACCAAAAGGAGUAAUGAUUUCCCACAGUAAUCUCAUUGCUGGAUUAACAGGCAUGGCUGAAAGGAUUCCAGAUCUUGGUGAGAAGGACACUUAUAUUGGUUAUUUGCCUCUUGCUCAUGUACUGGAAUUGAGUGCUGAGAUGGUGUGCUUGGUUCAUGGAUGCCGUGUUGGCUAUUCAUCCCCACAGACCUUAGCAGAUCAGUCAACCAAAAUCAAAAAAGGAAGUAAAGGAGAUGCCAGUGUUUUGAAACCAACUCUAAUGGCAGCUGUACCAGAAAUAAUGGAUCGCAUUUAUAAAAAUGUUAUGACGAAAGUUGAAGAGAUGAAUACGGUGCAGAGAACCCUUUUUGUGCUUGCCUAUAAUUACAAAAUGGAACAGAUUUCUAAAGGCUACAGCACACCACUGUGUGACAGCUUUGUUUUCCGAAAAGUAAGAUCAUUGCUUGGUGGAAAGACACGCAUCCUUUUGUCAGGAGGUGCCCCCUUAUCAGCAGCUACUCAAAGAUUUAUGAAUAUUUGCUUUUGUUGUCCUGUUGGUCAAGGAUAUGGAUUAACAGAAACUUGUGGGGCCGCAACUAUCAGUGAUAUGUGGGACUAUAGUACUGGAAGAGUAGGAGCUCCAUUGGUAUGCUGUGAGAUCAAGCUAAAAAACUGGGAGGAGGGGGGCUAUUACUGCAUGGAUAAACCAAAUCCCCGAGGGGAGAUUCUUAUAGGGGGACCAAAUGUAACAAUGGGGUAUUACAAAAAUAACGACAAAAAAGAUGAUUUCUUUGUUGAUGAAAAUGGCCAAAGGUGGUUUUGCACAGGAGACAUUGGUGAAUUCCAUCCAGAUGGUUGCCUAAAGAUUAUAGAUCGCAAGAAGGAUCUGGUAAAACUUCAAGCAGGAGAAUAUGUGUCUCUUGGAAAAGUUGAAGCUGUAUUAAAAAAUUGUUCAUUAAUUGAUAACAUCUGUGCAUAUGCAAAUAGCGACCAGUCCUAUGUGAUUGGAUUUGUUGUGCCCAAUCAGAAACAUCUUAUGGCCCUUGCUGAGCAAAAGAAAAUCAAAGGAACAUGGGAAGAGAUCUGCAAUAACUCUGAAAUGGAAAAAGAAGUAUUGCGCAUUAUUUCAGAAGCUGCUAUAACUGCUAAAUUAGAAAAGUUUGAAAUUCCAAUGAAAAUUCGCCUCUGCUGUGAACCAUGGACUCCUGAAACUGGUCUGGUGACAGAUGCCUUUAAACUUAAAAGAAAAGAGCUAAAGACAUACUACCAAGAUGACAUUGAGAGGAUGUAUGGAGGAAAAUAAUGUUGAGUGCACGGUUAAGACAAGUCUGGGUUAAAUAGGAAAAUACUUGAAUUGUAUCCAAUUUGAGACCAAAACGUGGCCUGUGUUGUUAUCCCACAUCACUCAUCAUAAUCAUCAGUGGUUUUCAAGUCAGUCUUUCUUUGUUACUUUUUUAAUUACCUGUUUGUUAGGUCAGGUUCAGAGUCAAAGCUAAAUUAGAGAACAAUAAUGAUAUGAAGAUUCACUGUGUUUUUUUAAUUCAAUUUUGCAAUAUAAAUACACAUUAAGUACUCUGCUGAAAUUUAAGAGCCUACAAGAUAAAUGGCAAUCUUCAAAUGAAGUCAAAAAAUAGCUGAUGCUGUAAUAUAUGGUGUAUGGGUUUUGCAUUGGAAGCUUAAACCACAUGCACACACAAAAAUAUUUUUCAGAUUCACUAAUAUGAACAAACCCCGAGUGUAAAUAAAUUGUAAGAACUCAGAUUUUAGCUUCUGAUAACCAUUAGUAACCUAGUAAAGAAAGGGCUUUUCUUUAGCCCACCAGUAAAUGAUUUUAGUGCAGAUUCGUUAAUAUGUAAAACUUAUUUGGAAGACUCAAUCAUGUGCCUAAUGCAGAAUGGUUCUCCAUAAAAUACAAAUAGACCUUCAAAAUUGAUGAUUUGAUAUUUGUGUUCAUAAAUGGGCAUGAAUUAAAACUAUAGUAGAACCUGGUUAUUAUUACAAGGCUGCUUAAAGAAGAAGCUCUUGCUUAUUAAAGCAUUUUGCAUAUUGGCCGCAGAACAUGCAGUAGUAUUACAGUGUGCAGAAUCAGACAUGGUUGACAUUCAACUUUAAAUUGUCCUUACCAGCUCACUGUACUGGCAUUACCAGUUCAUUAAUUUUUAGAAAUCAUAUGCAAAAAGCUGCCUUGCUUAAAGAGCUUGGUUUCUUUACACUGUUAAUGUAUCACUUUACAAAGUGGUAUUGACUGGCAUUGUGUAUUAAACAUCCAAGUGCCUGCAGGUCAGGAGCAAUUAUAGAGUACUGUUGUUUGUGACGGAGAUUUACAUUUUUUAUCUCUUUAUGCUAUUUUUCUCCUGUGAUUGAAAGUGGAAUGUGAUUCUCAUUUUAUGCAUACCUAGUAAUAUUACUGAAAAUUAAAACAAAAUUUUUUCUUCAUUUUUGCAAGAUGUAGAUCCUAAAGAAAUGCUAGGGAUUUUAGAGAAAAAAUGAUGUUAGGUCAAAGAAACCAUUUAAUAACAAGGUAGUUUGUUUGUUAUUUAGCAUUUCUAAGUAUUAGCUCAAAGUAUAAUACUAUCCCUUUUCAUUUCACGUGUUCAAAUUUGAACUAUAACCAGAUGUGCAAUAUGAUUUGUCUUGCUAGUGUAGUGUACACCCCCCACCCCAUGCAUGAGUGCUUACUUGAGAAAAUGUGUAGGACUGAUUUGUAUAAUGUUUAAAAAAAAAACAUAAAACACUAGGCAUUUGCAAUUGGAGGAGUUAUUUAUUGCAUAUAUUAACAUGGCAAAAUUGUAAUUAACAGGAUAAUGUAUAUUUUGAUGAUGAUGAUGAUGACAUUGUGUUGCAUGUGUUUUUUUACCCUUUUUUCCCAACUUUAAUUGGGUAGUUUUUUUUCUCUUUCAUUUUUUCUGUUUUGGAGUACAUUUGUGGUGCUGAUGGUUUUUAUAACAUGUUCAACGAAAGGGGGUGGUUUAGCUGUGGAAAAGUGAUUUAAUUCUGUGUUAAUACUGUUCCAUUGUAAAGUUAUAGUAUGGACACAUGGUAGCAUAAUGCAUUCACAUAAAUAUUUUGUAUAUGAGAGUGGUAUAAAAUAGAUAGUUGAAUUUCCAAAGAAAUCACAGCAUCUUCCCAAAAGAAUUUUAGACACCAUGUUGUGUCUUGAUUUCUGUGACCUAACAUUUACUGUUUUAGUUGCAUUGUCAUUUAAAGAAAACACUUAAAAAAGGUAACCAUUUUAAUUUGACAGUGUUAUGUAACAUUUUUCCCAUUUGUAACGUGCUUUUUAUCUUCAUAGUAUUUGUAGUAAUAAUAUGUCAAUUUCAAAUUUGUAAAGUUUCUUGCUUUGUAAAUAUGAGGGUCUGGGAUUAGCCAUUGGAGCAGUGGCCAGUUGUAUAAUAUAUGUUUGAAUUGUUUAAACAUUGUUAUAAAGCCCCCAAUGUUGUUUUCCGCUACUCUGUCCUGGGGAACCUGCUCUGUAAUAUAGAUUAAAUGCAAAUGUAUCAAAUUUAUUUAUUUGGAAUUGGCCUUGGAAAAAUACAAAAUAUUCAAAUAGUGGUUUGUGUCAGAUUGACAUUUUUGAUGUAACUGUUGCCUUUUAAAACUCUUUUCCAUUCAUUUUUUAAGAUUGUUCAUUAGUUUCUAUAGAUAGUUUCUAAACUUCAGUUUAAAUGUAUAAGAGGGGACAAAGGGGUGUCAUCAGUAUAUUUAUAUUGAUUAGUAUAAGCCCUUCAACUUCUUGCAAAUGAAUUUUAUUGUUGUAUGGCUCAUAUGACAAUACAUUUAACAAAACGGCAAUGUCCCUCAACCAGUAGCAAAGUUCCAGUGUGCCAUGCGAACGUGUCAUACAAAUGUGGCAAUAUUCAAACAUCUGGACAUUAUUGGUUUUGAUCCGUCAUUUUGGAAUAAGUCAGUUAGAAGAAUUAGGAGGUUUAUUAUCAGUGAUUUAAUGAGUUGCAACUACAGUACACAUGUGCACUAAAAACUUUAAUGAGAUAUGCAUAUGAAGCUUUAUGGAACAAGCAAUGUAGAUAUAAUUUUGACAUGGUCUAUAAAAUGAUUGUGCAGUGUAAAUAAAUUUAAUAUAAUCAAGGAAAUUAGAUGUAUCCUUUUUUAAUAAUCAAAAAUGCAUCAAUUUUCAGAUGCAGUUAAGGUUAGCUCUGUAUUAUUUCAUUGCAUAUUGUACUCUAAACAACAGUUCAUAUUUUUACAAUACUGUAAGCUCUGCAAAUGUUAUUACAGUCUUAAUGUACACCAGAUUUUUAUAAUUCAUAAAGCUGCUUUUACAUUCACCAAUAAAGUGAUAACAGUCAAGACAAUAUUGCAAUUGUUAGGAUUUAAGACAUAUUUUUUUAUUAUUUUUGAUUCUCAUUUAUUAUCCUGUUUUCUCAUGUGCAACACAAUUUUGUUACUCUGAUGGUCUGUGUUGAUAGGCAUGUGAGUCAUGCAUUGCAAGACAUGGGAUGUCAUGGCAGCCAGCUGUUUAACCCUGGACAGUGUGUCAUUUAGUAUCACAACUUUGUUUAAAAGGUUGAAAGAAUUCUCUUAUUGAGUAAUCUUUAAGAAAAAGAAAGAGGGAAAUAUAAUUACUGUACGUUUUGACUCAUAGUUGUUUUGUGGCCAUGAGUUUGACUUGCUGUAAAUGUAUCAACCAAUGCCUGUCUCACCACCCUUUGAAAUUACCCUUAAAAGUACUCUCAGCUGCUGUUAAAUAUCCUGAAAUCAGUCAUAUUAUUUAGAUUAAAUCAAUCUCAACACC